GAGCGGCGCCGCCCCCGCCGGCCGGCAGCAGCCGCAGCUCGAGCUCCGCCGCCGCCGCCGCGCUCCAUGCGCAGGGGGAGGGGGCCCGCCGCGGCCGCCCGCCGCCUGUGAGCCGGCCGCGGGCCGGGGGGGGUGCGCAGCGGCUGGCGGCGGCUGCCCGGCGAGGGAGGAGAGAGCCGGGACAUGGUGCCGUUCGCUCCGCUGGAGGACGCGGAGGAGCCGGAGCCCUGCCACAAAAUGGAGCUGUACGUGAGCGGCGGCGAGCUAAAUGGCCUUAAAAUGGCAGAUGAGCCUAUGGAAGAAGGUGAACCAUAUUCCUACCAUGAUGAAGGAAGUGUGAAAGAAAUUCCUAUUACACACCAUGUGAAAGAAGGAUGUGAGAAAGCAGAUCCAGCACAGUUUGAACUACUUAAGGUUCUUGGACAGGGAUCAUUUGGGAAGGUCUUCCUCGUACGGAAAAUAAUUGGUCCUGACGCUGGGCAACUUUAUGCAAUGAAAGUAUUGAAAAAAGCUUCUUUAAAAGUUCGGGAUAGAGUUCGUACAAAAAUGGAGAGAGAUAUAUUAGUAGAAGUAAAUCAUCCAUUUAUCGUCAAACUGCACUAUGCCUUUCAGACUGAAGGGAAGCUAUAUUUAAUAUUGGAUUUUCUCAGGGGAGGAGAUGUAUUCACACGAUUAUCCAAAGAGGUUAUGUUUACAGAGGAAGAUGUGAAAUUCUACCUCGCAGAACUGGCCCUUGCUUUGGAUCACCUUCACAGCUUGGGAAUUGUAUACAGGGACCUGAAGCCAGAAAACAUUUUGCUUGAUGAAGCAGGACAUAUCAAGUUAACAGACUUUGGACUCAGCAAAGAAUCAGUAGAUCAAGAGAAGAAGGCCUAUUCUUUCUGUGGUACUGUAGAAUACAUGGCACCUGAAGUAGUAAACAGGCGAGGGCACAACCAGAGUGCUGACUGGUGGUCCUUUGGUGUUCUCAUGUUUGAAAUGCUUACUGGUACACUACCAUUUCAAGGUAAAGAUCGAAAUGAAACUAUGAAUAUGAUACUGAAAGCAAAACUUGGAAUGCCUCAGUUCCUCAGCCCUGAAGCACAAAGUCUUCUGAGGAUGUUGUUUAAAAGGAACCCAUCAAACAGACUAGGAGCUGGUUCAGAUGGAGUUGAAGAAAUCAAGAGACAUCCUUUUUUUUCUACUGUUGAUUGGAACAAACUGUUCAGAAGAGAAAUUCAACCCCCUUUUAAGCCUGCCUCUGGAAAGCCAGAAGAUACCUUUUGUUUUGAUCCAGAAUUCACAGCAAAAACACCAAAAGCCUUGCUGGGAUUUAGCCAUCCUAAUCAACUGUGUAUGCCACUAGAUUCUCCAGGAGUCCCACCUAGUGCGAAUGCACAUCAGCUCUUCAAAGGAUUUAGUUUUGUUGCAACUACUACUGUAGAAGAUCAUAAAAUAUCACCACUCACCAAUAUACUGCCAAUAGUACAGCAGCUUCAUGGAAACAGCGCGCAGUUUACUGAUGUGUACGAACUGAAGGAAGAUAUUGGUGUUGGUUCCUACUCUGUUUGUAAGCGAUGUAUACACAUAGCUACAAAUAUGGAGUUUGCUGUAAAGAUAAUUGAUAAAAGUAAGAGGGAUCCCUCAGAAGAAAUUGAGAUUCUCAUGCGUUAUGGACAACAUCCAAAUAUUAUUACUUUAAAGGAUGUAUAUGAUGAUGGUAGAUUUAUAUAUCUUGUCACUGAACUGAUGAAAGGAGGAGAGCUGCUUGAUCGAAUUCUCAGACAGAAGUUCUUCUCGGAGCGAGAGGCUAGUGCUGUAUUAUACACUAUAACUAAGACUGUGGACUACCUGCACUGCCAAGGAGUAGUGCAUCGAGACCUUAAACCUAGUAAUAUUUUAUAUACGGAUGAUUCAAAUAAUGCUGAUUCUAUCAGGAUUUGUGAUUUUGGAUUUGCAAAACAACUUCGAGGAGAAAAUGGACUACUUCUAACUCCAUGCUACACUGCAAACUUUGUGGCACCAGAGGUUCUCAUGAGACAGGGAUAUGAUGCUGCUUGUGACAUAUGGAGCUUGGGUGUUCUUCUUUACACAAUGUUGGCAGGCUAUACUCCAUUUGCCAACGGUCCUAACGAUACUCCAGAGGAGAUCCUGGUACGGAUAGGCAGUGGAAAAUUCUCUUUAAGUGGAGGCAACUGGGACACCGUUUCAGAUGCAGCAAAGGACUUGUUAUCACACAUGCUUCAUGUAGAUCCACAUCAGCGGUAUACAGCAGAACAAGUAUUAAAACAUUCGUGGAUAGCCUGUAGGGACCAGUUGCCGCAUUAUCAACUAAACAGGCAAGAUGCACCACAUCUAGUAAAGGGAGCCAUGGCUGCUACGUAUUCUGCACUGAAUCACAAGACAUUUCAGCCAGUGUUAGAGCCUGUUGCAGCCUCAAGUUUAGCUCAGCGACGGAGCAUGAAAAAGCUAACAUCAACAGACUUAUAGAUCCACUGGGACACCUUAGCAAACAGAAGCAAGGGGAAAAUCCAAUACGUGGCUCUAUGUUGCCUGACCUGUGAUGAAAAGGCAUCUAUGGUUUCCUGCUACACUACUUGAAUUCUGUAAAAGUCCUUUUUUUAAAAAGAAAAAAAAAAAUCCACAGGUUCAUACUGUGUUGUUUUACAAGCCGUAUCUGUUAAAUUAAUUUAAACAUCAGGUACACCAUAAUGAAUUUCUCUACACUGUCUUUAAGAGAUCUGUUGCAAAUAUUAUUUCACAUUCUGUAUAGUUUUGCUGGGUUCAUUUAAAAAAUGGUUUAGGGGACCGUUGCCAAUGACCAAGUUGUACAUAAAGUGUCAGUGUAAGUUUUCUUUUCUUCAUACUUUUAGACCCUGUUGUGAAAGAUAAAUUCUUAAUUUUGCAAUUGGGCACUUAAUUCAUUCAAAUUAAUUCAUUUAACUUGUUCAUUAAUAUUAUGAAAAGCUGACUAAUAUAUUGUGCCAGUGUUAAAUGCAUUAGUGUUAAUUUGGAAGGUCUGUGUUCGUAUGGUGCCAGUAACGGAUAAGUUUAUGUGAAAAUACAAACAAAAGGGAUGUGUAAGUUUCUGCACUUUACCCAUAACAUUAACUUGCUCGCUUGUAGCCCAAAAGAAAUGCUAGUUAACAAAUGGCCUCUUACAGGAAAAUGAACGUUUCUAGUUGUUACCAUGAAUGGUAUUGUCCUGCACUGAGCUCAAGAAAGUAUGUGUAUAAAACUGUCAAAAUUAAGGAUCUCAAUAACAUUGGUACCACUUUAAGACAACAUCAUGCCAUCCAAUACUUUUCGUUACUUAUACUGUUUAUCCAUUAGUGCAAUAACUAUGUUACUGUUUCCUCAGCAGUCACUUCCACUGAAUAUACCCAAUAUUAAGUUUGCUUGGCAUAUGAGACAAACUGACACUUUAUUAUAACAAACUUGGCAUGUGGGUUUUGUUUUUUAUUUAUUUGAUUUCUAUAGAACGUUGCUUCUAUCUGAAUCUCUCGCCGCAUGUACAAAUAUUACAGAACAUAAAUGCAAAAUUCUCUUUGCCUAACUGUAGGGAUAGUUUGGGAAAAUAAAUAAGCCUUGCAGUGUGCACAGAUAAGGGAAUUCUGACCAAGAAUUUUCACAGUUAUCGACAAAUUACUGACAGUGUCCUGUUGCCAGCACUCACUUGCCCUGUCUGUCUUGGUGUUAGGACUUCAGCUGUUUCUAAAUGCUGUGAUAGAGCGGAAAUUAAUUGCAGGGCCAGAACUAUCUUUGGAUUUUCUGGCUCAAAACCAGUGCUAACCACUAAUAGACUGAGAACUAAUGCAUUUGGAGAUGAUGAGCUUAAAAGUGUUUUUAAAAGUUGUAGACACUACUGUGCAGUUGUGCUAUCAUAGUAUGAUGAUAUCCAUUUUAAAUAUUGAGUAUAUUAGUGACCAACAGUUAGACUGUGAACAGUUAGAGAAUCCAAGUAUCCAAAAAUCAAAUGUAGUUCAGACUGAUUUGCUAUCACUGAAUUUCCUUCUCCACAUACCUUUGGUAGCCAAGUACAAGACACCAGUGAUGAUAGAACUUGUCAUUUUGAGACAGGAGAAAAAGCUUUCAGGAUAAUUCUGGCCCAACCACCAAGAGUGUCAGUAGUAACUCAGAUCUUAAAAGGCAGAGGGUGCUGGCUGGUUUUUGCCUAUACCUGUGGAAGUACUUGUUGGCAUUGGAAGUACUGUUAGAUAAGCUGCUUUCUUUUGUUGUGGUGGGGGAAGAUGGAAAUUAUCUGGCCAAAUAGUUAGGUAUGAAUAUAUGUAGAUUUGAGACCUAAUGAAUAUAGCAAACAUAGGUGUGCUAUUUGUAUCAUGCAGAACAUACCCCAUACUAAAUUUAUUGAGUGUUUGAUAGAUGUUGGAAGCUUUAGGGGCCAUUUGUGCCUAGUUUUGAGGUGCCUGUUUGAAAUGCUUGAAAGCUUAUCAAAGAACACAACUGCUUCAAGGAAAGCUUAUAGUUUAGUACAAAAUCUGCCCCUUAUGCAGCUGGUUCAUCCUUCGUUUUGAUACUGAAGAACUUUGCCAGCAAGAAUGCCUGUAAACCUGUUGUCUACAAUUCAUCAGUAUAAUUUUUUUGUAAAUUUACUAAUGAUUGCCAGAAGAACUUGAAUUCACUCUAAACAAACAAACCAGAAGUGGUAGAAAUAAAGCCUCCUUAGCCAAGGUCAAGGUAUAAUGUGAGUUGAAAUGUAGUAGUAAAAGCUGUGUCGGGGAUAGAGGGUAAUGCAAGGCGUGGAACACAACUAAAAUGUCAAACUUGAAUUGUCUUCAGCUUUCCCAUAAGGCAGCAGCUGGUCUUUAAUGGCUUUAUUCAUGAAUCAUUUAGCAGUGUUUAUACUGGUAUUUUGUUUCAGCUUGCUUAGAAGCACCACGUUAUAAGCACCUUAAAAGCAUUUUGCACAAAAGCAGUUGUAAGCAGCUGAAGGUACUUAAGUUCUUCUUGGUGUGCAACACAAAGGUGGUGAGAGGAAAAGUACACAAACAAGGUGGAUAUUCUCAUUUUUAGCAAAUAACUUUAUAGAAGAUCUUUUAAAUUAUCCCUGCUGGUUUUAUAUCAUUACUAGCCUUUAGUGCAAGUGAUAUUCUUGGGGUAAAAACCAAGUUUCACUGACUGCGUUACAAAGUUGUCUUACCACAAGGAAGAUACAUGGAUGAACACCUUUGUUAAUCUGACAGGCCAGUGUACCAUGGUAUGCCAAUUUUAAUCCUUAAUUUGGGGGGGAAAUUCACUUGCUAUGUAUAUUUCAGUGUAUCAGUCUUGGAAACAUGUUGGAUAUGCAGGGAUACAAAAGAGUUCACUUGCAGUUUACUCUUACUAUCUAGUAUUUGAUGAUCAUCAUUUUUGUGAUACUUCUUUUGGAAUUUCUCGCAGACUUCUUUUUUUGUUGUUGUUGUUGUUUUCCAGACUUAGAUUUUGUUCAAUUAAGCAAUUGUAUAAAAGUAGCAUGGUCUGCUCAUGAGUAAUGAGUUAAAUGUUUGAAAUGGAAGAACAUUUAAUUUGAACCUGCUCUUGGCUGGAGUGACAGGUCAGUAUACAUUGUUUCACUGUCGUAUCAUCUCUGCACAGUUCAAGAUUAGAAACUAGUUACAAUCUUACUAUUUUACUGAUUUACUUUGUAAAAAAGUGAAUUUUUUACAAAGGCUUACAAUUACAAAGAAACAGGCACACAUACUGUAUAUUUAGUGGAAUUCCAGAGAACUAAUUAAUAUCUUACAUGAUACAAUAUUUUGGAUAUGGCUUCUGAUAAUGCCAGCAAAAUAGCUUCUACUCUGAUGUUUGGUAAUGGCAAUUAUAAAUAAGUGCUGGUUCUCAAGUGCGUGUAGAGCCUGAUACAUUCUUACUGAAAAGUGUAGAUGCCCACAGACAUCAGCUAUAGCUGGAGCAGGUUCAUUAUGUGCUUCACUGUUCUUUCACCCCUCGGGUAUCACAUUUUCUAUCUUCAGUUUUCGUUUCGAUAAAGAAAUGAGGAACUCUGUUGUAUUCCUGCCAUCUAUCCAAAAACUAUGCAGUGGCAUCAAUAUUGGCCAGUGUUGCAUAACGAGGAGUGCUCAUACCAAGAGAGUUACAGGGGUGGAUUCAUUUAAGCCACUAUUUGGGGGCUUGUGUAGUCUCAGUGCUGUUGUUAGCAUGUUGUGUGUUUUUACCAUUAUGCUUAAAACUAGUAAAAUCUCUUUGACCACGCAAAGAGCCUAAGGUGGAGGUGGUCUUUAAGCAUACUGUGUUUGAGGCCUAUGUUGUGGUAUGGUUUAAAUGUUCUCCUUGCAUCCAGAGGAGGCAUCCAAAACCUAACCCAAGUCAGUCAUAUGGAGCUUGAAUUCAGUCUUCCCUAUUUUAUUUAAUUUUCCAAAGCUAAUCUUCAUAUGUCCAAUAGUUAAAAUUGCCUAUAGAAAACUUCAACAAUUGGAAGUUACUUGCAGUAUACUUAAAAACUGGUCAUCUGCAGCGAUAGAUUGCUGCAUCCAGUAGUCGGCACUGCCCUCAAAUGUUACAAUUAAAAAGUUGAGAUAGCUUGUAAAAAUGGAGUUUACUAUAUUACUGUGUAAUUCAAUUACUAUCCUGAUUUGUAUCAAUUAAAUUAGGUUAAAACAUCAAUGCAAACAUGAGGUUUUAUGUACUUCUGUAGCACUUAAAUUUUUCAGUCCUAUCCAGAGUUAGAAGUUUGCAGAUAUCUGUGGGAGGGAAGGGAGAAGCGGGUUUUUCUUUCUCAGAGUUUUCAAAAGGCUUCUGAAGCUGUGAUUAGAGCCCUUAUGUAAUCCUAUAGGAGCUCGAUAUGAUUUAAAAAAUAAAAUUUCCUUGAAAGUUCAUUCAGAAACUUUCUUGGAUAUGUAUUGAUACCUGUUGGUAACAUGCCUGUGCUGUCAUUCAUGCUGUACCAUCCUUCUGCAUAAACACCCCUUUAGUUAAGUACAGUCCGAAUACGGUUUGUCCUUACUUCAGUAUAUUUUCAAAAUGUUUACUCCCCCAAAUUACGUUAUUGUUAAGCCUACAUUUUUCUUUGGGAAUAAAAGAAUGAAUACAAUUAAAAAAAAAAAAAAUCCUUACUGUAUAGCUAUAGCUGACUUGUAUUGCAAUAAUUUAUGUAAUUAGAAGUUCCCCCCAAACUAAUCAGUGACUGGUCGUCUUGAGAUUUUUCCCAUGUAAUGAAAGCAAACUUUUUUGAAAGCUUUAAAAGAUAUUUAACUGAUUAUGUCUCUUAAUAAUUAAGAUUUGGAAAAUAGCUUAUUACCAAUAGUGAGUUUAAAUAACAUUGAAUCCUGUUUUGAGGUGUUUUUUUUUCAUGUGAGAACUGAAAAGACAGGAGAUGGAUCUCCUUUGCAGGACAAAGUGUUCCUAUUUUAUGUGUUUUGCAUUAGGCUUACAAGCAGCGUUUGCUAAUUGCAUUGUCAUAAUACCCCAAGCACUUUGGCAUCUUGCACUGAUACUCUGAUUAGAGCUAAAACUCUUCUGGCACGUGACUGGCUAUAAAUCUCAGUAUACAAAAGGGCAUUAAUUGAAAACAGUGUGCAAUGAAUUACAUGCUCUCUGAGGUACUUCAAAGAUGAAACUACAAAAGGUCCCCAUUAUCAGAUAUUGUAACUGUCAUUUCUUUCUCUAAGCAUAUUGUGGAUUUUGUAUCAUAUUGUAUUUAUUUCAUUUAAUUUUAAAAAAAUGUUUUCUUUAAAGCUCUGUAUAUAUUGACAUUAAAGUUUGCAUUGUACUACGUUCUCUUCUCCUUGUAAGGCUGAAUCUAGUAGUGCAUUGUAUGGUAUGUUGUUUUUCUUUGCACUGUGCUGCUAAAAGAUACUAUUGCCUUGAAUUACGACAUGCCAAAGACAACCUCAAAAUUGUAUUUAUUUUUGUUAAACUUUGUGAAUAAUGAUAAUGGUACAGUUUUAAAUAGCUGGCAGUUCCUUGAGUACUAGAAUAAAAAGGUUGCAAAUUCAUAAUAUUUUAUAAUUGACAAAAAUCCAUCAUUUAUAAUUUGGAAGUUCUCCAACUCCUUUUUUUUUAAAAAAAAAAAAAAAAAAGAUAUAAAAAACAAUGAGCGAACAUUCCUAAAUUAAAUGUACUGUGAAUUGCAUUAUUUGGUAAACCUUGCCAAAAAUCUCACAUACAUCAAGAGCUGUUUAUAAAUUUAUACUCACAGUCAAGUGUUUCAUGCCACACUUUCAAUAAAACAUACAUUCACUGA